AUGAAAACUCUGAAAGAUCUCAUUAUACCCAGGAAAGAAUUGCAGCAUUGGUCUGAUAAUUUAGCUUGGAGUAAUGAUGGUUGUUUUUACUUCACUACUGUGCCAGUUAUGACAAUAUGUGAACCGCUUUAUGAAAAGCAGGUGAAUAACCAAGCGAAAAAGUUGUUUCAUAUUAAAGAAUACCCUCUAAAAAUUGAUAACAAAUUUGAAUUCAGUUUACCGGAUGUAAAUUGUCUCGUUAACUCACAGCCUGAAUCAAAUAUUGUUUUGUGUAUGCCUUCACCGAAUAGUAACCUUCUUGCAGUUUUAACCAAUAAUGGAAAUUUAAUACUGUUUGAAGGAGAACGACUAAUUGGAAUUCCUGACGAACCGGAAAGAGGUUUUUCAGAACGUUCGUACAGGUCUGUAUGCUGGAGCCCGGAUGGUAAAUAUGUUGCUGUUGGCAACGAAAGCUCUGAAGUGGUGAUAUUUUCAAUUGUUAGAAAUGGAGUUGCAAUUGAUAUUCAAUUUCUACGACGGAUAAGACUUUGUAACUCAAUUGGGUGGGUUCUUGGAAUUACUUGGAAAGAUCGGUAUAUUGCGUGCUAUACUAAUGAAAAUAUUGUUUAUGGUUUCACGGGAAUUGAUUUCUCUGUCCAGAAGCUGCUAUCAGGAUCCUCACAUCAGAUAACGGACAUGAAGAUAGUAGCAAAUAACGUUUUGAUAGUACGAAUGGGAACUUUUUACAAAAUUGACCUGGAAAGUGGUAAAAGCAGCUCAAUAAAUCUUGGUUUUGGUACCUUUUAUAUUGUGCCUCUCCCUGACCUCCAGUCAGUGAUUUUAGUAUCUAAUAAAAAGAGUUGCAGCGUUUCAUUGAAUGAACCGUUGGGAGUGCAUACAGAUGACAUAUUAUCACCAAUUAUUGAGGGUAAAUUAAAAAAAUGGAACGAUGUUUUUAAUGAGUUUAAUAAAUAUGAGACUACAUUCGACAUCUAUGGAUUGGCAAUUUCUCCAGAUGGAUAUUCUUUGGCGAUUCUAUAUGAAAUUGAACGUGUCAGCUUUAAAUAUAGGAUCUUAUCCGAGCUACAGUACCGAUUGAUGUUAUUACCCCUCUCUGAAAACUGGAUGUUAACGUCUAAUUGUACUGGCCUAGCAAGAUAUCAAAGCUACCAUAUUUACAAUAGAACUUUGCCGAGAAAUUUCAAUGAUUGUGAUAGAUUUGUGGCAGAUUUUAGGCUAGAUUUCAGAAGUUUCUUGUUGAAACUAAAUAGAUGCGAUAAGGCCAAUGCCCUUCGGUUCAAGAAUUUCAUUGAAGAUUCGCCUUCUAGUGAGUGGUUUAUGUCCAACUUAUUUGAAUACGCAAUUGCGAACUUAUCGAAGUUUGAUAACCCAAUAGAUAAGGCAUGUGUUGUUUCUCUGGGCAAUAUCUUAAACAAGGAAAUUCCUCUAUCGAGUGAAAUCAUAGAAUUUAGUGGUGAAUUUAUAACAGAGAAGUUUGAUUUUAAGAAAAAUAAAGAUCCGCUAUCAAUUGAAUCAGAGGAUGGAAAUGUUUGGGCUAGGUGUUUUGUUUCAUUCCUUCCUUUAAUAACUACGAAGGUUAAAGUGUGCACCGUAAGCGACAAGCGUAUGAUUGAUAUUAAUAGGGAUAUACUCAAUGAUUACGGUUGGUUCACUAGAACGUUAUUAGAGGUAUUUAACAGUGAAAGUUUAUAUACAGGGACAAAAUUAAUUGCAAUUUAA